AUACCGUAUUGCAUAUAUCCACCAUGCGUCCCUUUUUCAGUCUGGCCCUGGCCUCCGUGGCCACUGCCCACUUCACUCUCGACUGGCCUGUAUCCCGCGGCUUCAAUGAAGAUACCAUGCCCACCUUCCCCUGCGGAGGCUUCAACACUCCAGUCUCCAACCGGACCGUCAUUGCCCUAGACGCGCACUCCAUCCCCGUCGACAUCACUUUCCACCACACGCAAACAGCCGUGUCCUAUCUCCUUGCUCUGGGUAACGAUCCCGGAUCAAGCUUCAACAUCACUCUCGGCCCAACUCUGGCUGCCACGGGACUCGGCGAAUUCUGCUUGCCAGAUAUUUCGCUUUCUUCCCUCAAUCUCACAGAUGGCCAGAACGCGACUUUACAAGUGAUUACUGACGGUGAUAGCGGUGGCGGUUUGUUCGCUUGCGCCGAUAUCACCUUCUCAUCAUCUGUCGCCAAGAACAGCCCCAGCAAAUGCGCUAACAACACCGGCGUCACUGCAACCGCUCUCUCCGGCGCUGACGGUGCACGAACGGCCAACUUCUCCAAUCCCGACGGUAGCCCUAGGAGUGCCUCCCCUUCGAGCUCAACUUCUUCUGGCUCUAGCUCAACCAGCGCUACUGCCAGCGCAGCAUCCAGCACUCACACUGGUGCCGCUGUGACUUUGGAAACGGCCGGCUGGGGUGUUUUGGGUUCUGCCUUUGUUGCUUGUCUUGCGCUUCUAUAG